AUGUAUGACUACGACCUGGUAGUCACCAAUGGCGUCUGCGUUACUGCUGCCGAUAUUGCUGCCUACGAUGUCGGCAUCAAGGACGGAAAGAUUGCUCUCUUGGCCCCUGCCGGCUCGCUGAAGGGCGCCAAAACCAAGCAGCUAAUUGAUGCGGAAGGCGGUUACGUUAUGCCUGGGGGCAUCGAUUGCCAUGUUCACCUUCAAGAGCCAUCUAUGUUUGGAAAAGGGUCCUCAGCAGACAGCUUCGAGACAGGCACGAGGUCGGCCAUCGCUGGAGGCAAUACUACCAUAGUAGCGUUUGCUCCGCAGCAGAAAAAUUUGGACUCCGUUUUGACAGCCCUGGAAAACACCCAUAAAUUGGCAAAGGGCAACUGCUAUUGCGACUAUGGCUUCCAUCUUCUCGUGUCAAACCCAUGCGCAAAAGCUCUCUCUGAGUUCAAGCAGCUGGUCACGACAGAGGGGGUGACCUCACUGAAGAUCUACAUGACCUACGCGGCAUUACAACUUCGCGACAACGAGAUCCUAUCCGUUUUGCUGGCCGCUCGCCAAAACCACAUACUGACUAUGGUUCACGCCGAGAAUGGAGACGUUCUCGACUGGCUCACCGACCAGCUGGAGGCGCAGGGGAAGUUCGCCCCGAAGUACCACUCCAAUUCUCGGCCACCGGUCCUGGAGUCGGAAGCUACCAAUCGGGCGAUAGCAUUGUCUUCACUAAUUGCCAAUACUCCCAUCUUGCUGGUUCACGUCAGCGACCCAGCCGCCGCUCUCCGUAUUCGCCAGGCUCAAACAACAGGACAGCCUAUCUUCGCUGAGACGUGCCCGCAGUAUCUUUUCCUCACUCGCGAUGACCUUGAUAAACCUGGCUUCGAGGGUGCAAAGUGUGUGUGCUCGCCUCCGCCUCGGAAUGCGGAGGACCAGCUGAAGAUAUGGACUGGCCUGAAGAAUGGAACGUUUUCUGUCCUCAGCUCUGACCAUUGCCCUUUCCGGUUCGAGGACUCGGAAAGGGGCAAGAAGACUUGUAUUACGCCUGAACAUCCGGUAGGCAAGUUCAAGUACAUCCCCAACGGUCUUCCAGGGAUUGAGACAAGAAUGCCACUCGCAUUCUCGGCGAACAAACUGGCCCUGACCAAGUUCGUAGAGGUCAGCAGUACGAAUGCCGCAAAGCUCUACGGUCUGUAUCCCAGAAAAGGAAGCUUGAUCCCAGGAGUCUCAGAUGCGGACCUGGUCGUGUGGUAUCCAGAUGGCAAACUAGGGGACUUGGAGGUCACGAAUAGCAUGCUUCACCAUGAUGUGGACUACACGCCUUAUGAAGGACGGGGAAUACGGAAUUGGCCACGUUAUACUAUUCUAAGGGGCAAAGUUGUCUGGGACAGAGAUGGCGAGGGAAUCGUUGGCGGUAAGGGGUAUGGACAGUUCGUCAAGCGAAGUCAAAGCAUCCUGAAUGGGAUAUGGGAAGAAGUCGAUGAGGAGGGGCCUUUUGAUCUGGAGAGAUUAUAG